AUGAUCGCCUUCGACGAGAUUUUCGAGUUCCUACGGGAGGCUGAAAUAACCUGUGACCAUUUUAACGAGCAGAGUGAAGAACAGGAAGCAAUUAUCCUAUUCCUAAAUGAGUUGAAGUCGUAUAUCGCCGAUCUGUCCCUUUCGCUGAAGCAUAGGAUAAACGCCUCCGACGACAUAACGGAACAGGACAUUUUGAAGAAGAUUAUUAACAAGAAGGAAAGUCUUGAGUGGAUCCUUCGGAAAAAGAGGGACAAUUUCGUUGGCGAUGUCCCAUCGGGGGGGAGAUCUUCCCCGCUCAUCUGCGCUGGUGGAAGGAAUCAUGGGGACGUCAGCAACUCUGCUAAGCGUGCCAAGUGUGAUGUUGACGGCAAUAGCGGUGUGGAUUCCCCUACAGGAGAACCCUCCCCUAGUGGCGCUGCGACUACUUAUCCAGAGGGGCCCAUCUCCCAGUCUCCCAGCCGCAGCAGUGUGGGAGAAACUUGCGACACAUCCUCAAAAGUCAACGCCGCUGAGAAGAAGGAGCAUCCACCCCCGUCGCAAAAUCUCCCUUGUGCAACGCCAGGGUGUAAUAAAGUGGAACCAUCGCUUAAGGGAGAGAAAAUUGCAACGGAAGAGGAAUUCCUCUCAAAGGAAGACCCCGCCACAGCUUCCCCAUCGGAACUUUCUUUGCGCUCCUCUGGGGUGGAAACCCUAAAUGAUGAGAUCCUAAAAGAAUGGAGCGAGCAAAUUGACGAGUAUGAUAACCUACUCUAUGAAUACACCUUUGCAUUUAAAAAAAAAGACUUGCAUAAAAAAAUGGAAUCCAGAAAAAAUAUGAACAACUCAGGUGAAAAUAUCGAUGAAGAGUUAUGCCUUCUGGCACAAGAAAUGAAAGAAAACGUUUUAACAUACAGAGAUAUAAUUGUGGAGGACAACAGGAUGCUGGAGCAGUCAGCCAACAAACAGAUGUCCAAUUUGGACAAUAUAACUGAUGUGUAUAAGAAGACGAAGAAAAUGGGGCAGAGCAAAAGCAUUUCCUUCUUCGUCUCACUGCUCAUAAUUUUCGUUUCGGCUCUGCUGUUCGUGCUGACCUUUUUUGUCAUCCUGAUUUUGUAG